CCCGGGGCGGCCCCGCCGCAGUGCGCAUGAGCGGGUCGGCGGCGGAAGGCAGGGCCCGCGAGGAGGAGCCCCGGGAGCCGCCGCCGCCGCCGCCACCGACCCUCCUCCCGCCUCCUCAGUGUCCGCCUCAGCCGGCCCGGGAGGGGAGAGAGGCCCGCGCGCAGCCCCCACCAUGAACAAGCUGAAGUCAUCACAGAAAGAUAAAGUUCGGCAGUUUAUGAUCUUCACACAGUCCAGCGAAAAGACCGCAGUGAAUUGCCUGUCUCAGAAUGACUGGAAGCUAGAUGUUGCAACAGAUAACUUUUUCCAAAAUCCUGAACUGUAUAUACGAGAAAACAAAGGAUCAUUGGACAGAAAGAAGUUAGAACAGCUAUAUAAUAGAUAUAAAGAUCCUCAAGAUGAGAAUAAAAUUGGCAUAGAUGGCAUACAGCAGUUUUGUGAUGACCUUGCGCUUGACCCUGCCAGUAUUAGUGUAUUGAUCAUUGCCUGGAAGUUCAGAGCUGCGACGCAAUGUGAAUUCUUAAAAACGGAAUUCAUGGAUGGGAUGACAGAACUAGGAUGUGACAGCAUAGAAAAACUAAAGGCCCAGCUUCCAAAAAUGGAACAAGAAUUGAAAGAGCCGGGAAGAUUUAAGGAUUUUUAUCAGUUUACCUUCAACUUUGCAAAGAAUCCGGGACAAAAAGGUUUAGACUUAGAAAUGGCCAUCGCCUACUGGAAUUUAGUACUUCACGGACGAUUUAAAUUCCUAGACUUGUGGAACAAAUUUUUAUUGGAACAUCAUAAAAGAUCUAUACCAAAGGACACUUGGAACCUUCUUCUAGACUUCAGCGCGAUGAUCGCAGAUGAUAUGUCAAAUUAUGACGAGGAAGGGGCAUGGCCUGUUCUUAUUGACGACUUCGUGGAAUUUGCACGCCCUCAAAUUGCUGGAAUAAAAAGUACGACAGUGUAGUGCUAAAUGAACCUUCUAGAAUGUACAUAGUCUGUACAAAAUAAACAACAUGGGGGAAAAUUGCACAGUCAAUUUCUGCUGACUGACUGAACAGGACUGAAGACCAAUCCUCAAGAAAUAAAGGCUGGGGGUUGAGUCAAACCUUUAAGGAUCUACUUUGGACCAUAUCAGACGAUGGGUGGUUUGGGCUUCUCAUCUAGCCUGGGCCAGCCUUGCCCAUUUGAAAACUCCAGCAUUGUGGAUAUCAUUAUUUUUCUUUUU